AUGAAAUAUCCGAAUGAGAUUUUGGAGACACCGAUGGUUUUCUGUGAACCAGAGCGACUGGUGAUAAAGAUCAAAACAACUUCCUCGAAUCCAUCACAUAUCUAUGCGGAAAAUCUGAUCGAAGACGCUGAGUGCGCGGUUCGAAAUCAGAAUCGAAUUGCGAUUCCCGUUGGGAAAUGUGGGAUGACUUCGGAGAGAACGGACAACCCAAUGGGAAUGAUCGAACGCAUUUGUGUCACUGUGCAACUCCAUCCACUUUUUGUCACCGAAUCCGAUCGAUCUUAUUGUGCACAAUGUGUCUAUGUUGAGAAUCAAGUUUUAGAGGAUUUCGAGCAAACAUUAGCGAUCAGUGAACAUCAAGCAACGGAACUUGAUCCUCAAUUUGAUUUCGAAGAAACGCCCACAUGUUCAUACACGAUUCGAAAAGAUUCAAAAGAUGGACCAGAAGCUCAUUAUGCAUCGGUUGGAGAGCGAGUUUUUCAUGUGUGGAGCUGUGAAAGCGCAACCGCCGGUAUUCUCAUUCAAAAUUGUUAUGUCGAAGACGGGCAAGGGAAUCGAAUUUUAAUUAUCGAUCAAAAUGGUUGUGGCGUUGAUCAUUACGUGAUGGCGACACCGAAUUAUUCCCCUGAUCUCACAUCAGCUUUUCAAGAAACUCAUGUGUUCAAAUUCGCUCAAAAGACGAUCACCCGUUUUACGUGUCAGAUUCGGAUCUGUUACAAAGGGAAAGAUUGCUCGGAACUAUCGCCACCGCGCGCCUGUCCAUCACUCGAAGAACGCCUCGCGAUGGUUCGUCAAUUGAGAGAUCAACCAAGUUACGAAAAGAAAGACAUCUAUUUAUCGUUGAAAGAGCUCGAAAAGGAUAUCCAAAAGCAACCAUUUCCUUUCCCGAAACCACCAAGGGUCAAUUUCACGGCUGAAUCAAAAGGGAAAAUCUAUUUCAAUGGGAAUACAACAACGUUGAGAAGAGAAAGACGAGCUUUGGAGUAUAGGAUUGAGAAAAAUGUGGGAAAAGUGCUCAAGAGUGAAUAUGGAUACCCGAUGAUGGAUGUGAAAGGAGAAUUGCGAGUAUUGGAUACACCCGAAGAUGCUCAAUAUUAUGAAAGUGUCGGUUCAGCCUCAAAAUCCGAUGACUGUUCAUCGAAAUCUUCAUUCCUAUUUCCAAUUAUUAUCGCCUGUUUGAUUGUCACUUCUCUUUUAUUAUUCACUUUUGUCUUGCUUAUCACAAGAAAAAGUAACUCUAGACCAAAGGAAUCCUCCUGGAUAGCCACU